AUGCGCUGGCUUUCGAUUCUACUGUCUUUGGCCCUGCCAUUGGGGUCUCUCGCUGCCAAGAAGUCGCUGGAUGUCGACCGAUUCACCGAGUUUCAUAACAAGGCGCUCGUUUCGAACCCAGUGAAGCUGUCCGAUACUUCCUACAAGAAGUUGACCUCGACCCCUCGAAACUACACGGCAGCAGUUCUCUUGACCGCACUGGACAAUCGAUUCGGAUGUCAGCUGUGUCGCGAGUUCCAGCCUGAAUGGGAUAUCUUGUCUAAGAGCUGGAUCAAGGGCGACAAGAAGGGCGAGUCCCGAACUGUCUUCGCUACAUUGGACUUCUCUGAUGGACGAGACACGUUCAUGUCGUUGGGUCUCCAAACAGCUCCUGUCCUCCUUCUCUUCCAGCCCACCACGGGUCCUCAUGCCGUGUCCUCGGCCGAACCGAUUCGCUACGACUUCACCAACGGUCCCCAAGUUGCAGAACAGGUGCAUGCAUGGGUUGCGCGUCACCUCCCUGAUAGACCCCACCCUGCAGUCAGCCGCCCAGUCAACUACGUUCUAUGGGUGGUCACCAUUGUCAGCAUGCUUGGUGGUGCUGGUGUCCUCUUCAAGUUGUGGCCCUGGAUCCUCCCCGUCAUCACAAACCGCAACGUCUGGGCGGGCAUCAGCCUGAUGGCCAUCCUUUUGUUCACUGGUGGCCAGAUGUUCAACGUGAUUCGCAAAGUGCCCUAUGUCGCUUCCGAUGGACGUGGAGGCAUCAGUUACUUCUCUGGUGGUUUCCAAAACCAACUAGGCAUGGAGACUCAGAUCGUUGCCGGCGUUUAUGGAAUACUCUCAUUCGCUGUGAUCUCCCUCAUCAUCAAGGCUCCGAGGAUAGUCGAUUCAAAGCUCCAGCAGGUCACCGUUAUCAUCUGGAGUGCCGUCAUUUUCCUCGUUUACGGGUUGCUUCUCUCCAUCUUCCGCGUCAAGAAUGGCGGGUACCCCUUCUCGCUGCCUCCCUUCAUGUGA